GCCGCCGCAGCGGACCAGGCGGCGAGCAAGAAGACACCCGGCAGCGCUCAGGCCCCCGAGGAACCGCCGGAGAAAAAGCUGAAGGCCUGGCAGGACGACGAGCUGGAGGUGGACGAGGACGCCCAGGAGGCGGGCUCGAAGCUGCGGGCGCUGUCCUCCGUGGCGCAGCGGAGCUCCGGGCCCGCGGCUUCCUCCGGGGCCCACUUCCCGCGGCGCGGCGGCAGGACCCUCUGGACGCCUUCAUGGCCGACAUCGCCCAGGAGGUCAAGUCCGACGCGCCCCAGGGCGAGGGUAUGGGCAUCAUGGACGCGUCGCGAGUGAAGAGCAUCUCGCUGGAGGAGGUGCAGAUGCUCAUGGGCCUGGGCGCGAAGGACGGCGCCCCAGAGGGCAACACCGACGCAGCUCCAGGCGCACCCGCCGAGCCUGCCGCGGCGGCGGCCGCGGAGCCGCAGGCCGGCGCGGGUGCCGCGGCCGCCUCCUCGGCCGCGGGCGCUGGGGUCGCCGCCUCGGGCCCGGGGGCCGCCGCAGGCGCCAACGCGCCACAGGCGCCCCUGGAAAGGCGAGGCAGCGAGGACGACGACGCGUUCCACGCGGCGUUCCUGGCCGAGAUCAGGAGGCGGCGGGAGGCGGAGUCCUCCGAAUUCCAGGCCGCCGAGUCGUUCUCAGGAGCCCGGCCAGGCUUUGUCUUCAAGAAGGGCAGUUGGGGCCUCGGCUACUACCGGGACCACGCAGCCCAGAAGGAGCCCGGCGGCGGGGCCCUCGCGGGCGGGCCGCCGGGGGCGGGCGCCCCGGCGGCGCCCCCGCAGGUGCGGCAGGCCGGCAUGGGCGACUUCCGCCGCGCCCGCCCCGAGGGCGCCCGCGCCGCGGAGGACGGCGACGCCGAUGCCGAGGGCAACGAGGACGACGAGGAGGAGGACGGCGACGAGGACGACGCCGACGGCGCCGAUGGCAAGGGCGAGGCGACCGCCAGCGGCAGCAAGGACGUCCCCGUCGGUCAGGCUGCCGCCCCGACGCAGCAGCAGCCCCGCGGCUUCUCCGCUACCCUGCCCGGCCCCGCGGUCGAGACGCCCGCCGGAGGGCAGGACGAGCCGAAGGUCGUCGAGACGAAGAAGGAGAAGCGCCGGAAGAGGCGGGAGGCCAAGGAGGCGGAGGCGAAGGCGAAGGCCGAGGCGGCGAAGAAGAAGGCGCAGGAGGGCUUCGGGAACAAGGAUGACCAGCUCAUGGAGAACGACGCGGAGGCGAGCGAGCAGUCGUCCGAGGAGGUCCAGGAGUCGUACUUCGAUCUCGUGAAGCGCUUCACGACCAAGAAGACGCUGCCUGAGGUUGAUCACUCCAAGAUUACGUACAUGCCGUUCAAAAAGAACUUGUACGUCCAGGUCAAGGAGCUGACCAACAUGAAGGACCACGAGGUGGCGGACCUCCGGCGCACCCAUGGGGAGAUCGUCGUCAGAGGCAAGCACGCCCCCGUGCCGAUCAAGAGCUUCUUGCAGUGCGGGCUCCCGCAGCGGAUCCUCCACAUCCUGGAGAAGAGGGACUACGAGAAGCCGUUCCCCGUGCAGAUGCAGGCGAUCCCCGCGCUGAUGUGCGGCAGGGACGUCAUCGGGGUGGCCCAGACGGGCUCCGGCAAGACGCUGGCCUACCUCCUGCCCAUGAUCAGGCAUAUCUUGGACCAGCCCAAGAUCUUGGACGGCGACGGCCCGAUCGGCUUUAUCGUCGCGCCGACGAGAGAGCUGGCCCUGCAGAUCCAGCGCGAGGCCAACACGUUCUGCAAGGCCGUGAACCUCACCUCCGUCUGCGCCUACGGCGGCGGGCCCAUGGGCGAGCAGCUCGCGGCGCUGAAAAGAGGCGCCGAGAUUCUGGUCGGCACCCCUGGGAGGCUGAUCGACGUCCUCACGACCUCAGGCGGCAAGAUCACGAACUUGAGGAGGGUGUCGUUCCUGGUGCUCGACGAGGCGGACCGGAUGUUCGACAUGGGCUUCGAGCCGCAGAUCGGGAUGUUCCUGCAGGCGACGCGGCCGGACAAGCAGGUCGCCAUGUUCAGCGCCACGCUCCCCACGCACGUGGAAGCCCUCGCCCGGCAGGUCCUCAAGAAGCCGCUGGAGAUCGCCGUCGGCGAGAGGAACACGGCGGCCACGAAUGUCACGCAGUUCGUGGAGGUAUUAGAGGAGAGCCAGAAGUUCUACCGCCUCCUGCAGUUAUUGGGCGAGUGGCACGAGCACGGCUCCAUGAUCAUUUUCGUCCACCAGCAGAAGGACGUGGACGAGAUGUUCACGGAGCUGCUCAAGUUCGGCUACCCGCCGCUGGCGUUGCACGGCGGACAGGACCAGCAGGACCGCGACUUCACGCUCCAGGACUUCAAGGACGGCGUGUCCAAUAUCCUGAUCGCGACCUCGGUGGCGGCGCGCGGCAUCGACGUCAAGUCAGUGAUCUUGGUGAUCAACUUCAAGGUGCCAGACCACCUCGAGGACUACAUCCACAGGAUCGGGCGCACGGGCCGUGCGGGCAAGGCCGGCUUCGCCUUCACCUUCAUCCUCGAGCCCGAGGAGGGGGACCGGGCCCAGGACAUGGUCGACGCCUUGAGGCAGUGCGGCCAGGAGGUGCCCGAGAAGCUGAAGCGGCUCGCCGAGGGGUACCAGUCCAUGGUCAACACCGGCCAGGCCAAAAAGAAAAGGAAAUGGGGCGGCUUCGGCGGCAAGGGGUUCAAGUACGACAACACGGAGAAGAGCCAACAGCAGAAAGACAGGGACAAGGCCAAGACCGAGGCCAGCAUCGGCCAGAACCCCGCGCUGGAGCCCGACGAGUUCAAGGACCCCUGGGACGAGCCGGACCGGCCGAAGAAGGGCGAGGGCAAGGGCAAGAAGGGCAAGAAGGGCGAGGGCGCCGAGCCGCAGGAGCAGCCGGCGCAGGCCGCAGGGUCCAGCUCGUCGUCUGUGCUCAACGCAGCGGAGAUCGCGUCCAAGCUGCGAGCAGAGCAGGCAAAGGCAGUGGCUGGCCAGGGGAGAGGGCCUAGGCAUGUGCUUGCCUCGGAGGAGGCUUGUGACCUCUCGGGCGUCCUCCUGCAGUCGGCCCCGGCGACGCUGAAGAACAUGGAGGAGGAGGAGAGGGAGAAGAGGCUGCCGGCCCUGAAGCUGAAGCUGGCGGAGAAGCUGAGGAAGGCCGACCAGGCCCGGGGAUUCCUCUUCUGCGCGGCGGAAGAACAGUCCGCGUUGUCCGUGAAGCAGGACCUCAUGAAGGCGCCGCCCGUGACGGUUGUGCCGCCCCCGCCGCCUCCGAAGUCGAGCGUGCCGGUGGACCAGCAGUCACCGGUCCAGCUCGCCCUCACGAUGGUGCCUGGCGUCAUCGGCAACGUGGCCAGCGCGCUGGCGAGGCCGCCAUCGAUGGUCUCCAAGAGCAUCGAUCAGAUCCAGGCCGGCAUGGCCAAGGGCGCGGGCACCGCCCACCUCGCGCGGGCGCAGGCGUCGGCGUUGUCGGGCAGCUCGAUGGCACCGCCAGGCAUGCACAUGGAGGAGUUCGAGGUCAACGACUACCCGGAGGUGGCGAGGAAGCGGAUGACGGCCAGGGAGCCCUUGUUGCAGAUCGAGGAGUUGACGGGCGCGAAGCUGUGGGUCAAGGGCCAGCAUUUCGCAGCUCAUGCCAAGCUGCCCGAGGGCGCGCGGCGGCUCUACGUGGAGAUCAUCGGGCCCACAGACGUGUCGGUGAAGCGGGCGAGGAGGGAGGUCGAGAAUAUGAUGGAGGCGCUGGCCAUCCGCACGCUGAACAUCCCCGGCGCGUCCCGUGCCAUCGCAGGCGGCUGCGCCCGCCGUCGCAGGACGGCGCCCGAGCCUCCGGAGCCUCCGAUGCACCCUCCGCUCCGCGGAAGCUUCCCGUGCGGCUGGGCGGCCCCGCCGGCCGGCGAACAGGCUGCCCAGGCCGACGGGGAGGCGAGGCCGCCCGGCCCCGAGGCCCUGCAGCGGGCGGACGCGAGGCUGGACGCGGCCGCCGGCUCUGCGGCGGGGCUCGAGGUCCUCAUGGACGAGCUGGACCUCGCGGAGUUCCACGCGCAGCAGGCCGGCAGGAGCGUGGAGGAGAAGAGCGCGCAGCUGCUGUCGAGGCUGAGGCCGAGGCUGGCAUCGCGCGUGUCGGAGCUCCUCGGGGCUGGUCGGCUGGAGGAGGUGGAGGCCGUGUUCGCAGCGAUCGGCGCUGGCCGCGUGGGUCAGUUGGGCCUGGAGAGGGCCAGCCAGGAGCUGACGCGACGGAAGGGCCUGGAGCUGCUCAGGAGUUCGCUGUGGCCCACGCCAGGGCAGAUCGGCUUCCCCCAGCUGAAGAGGCGGCAGCUGCAGCAGGCGAAGAUGAACGUCAGAACGGCUGUAGCAGACGACACGAGCGGGGACACGAUGUCGGCGGUGCGGAGCUUGUUGUUGAAGGACAUCCUUCCAGCCUCCAUGGAUCACUCCAAGGAGUCGGCCGACGCCGCCAUCCGCACCUGCUUCGACCUGCGGCUCAGUGAUGCGGAGGUCUGGACCGCGGCGCAGGAGGCCUACGGCCAGCUUCCCACCGCGCGGAAGACGGAGCUCGCGGAGGCGCUGCCGGCUCUCUGCCGGGAGCUGCGGAAGGACCCGCCCAAGUGGCUGCUGACCCCGCAGCAGGCGGCGGUGCAGGGGGCGAUCCGCGAGGCGCUGCGGCAGAGCGACAGCACCAGGCUGCAGCAGGCCUGCCAGCAGGUCAUGGAGACCGCCGGGGGCCAGACCGCAUGCAGAGAGGAGAUGGAGCAAGCUGUCCACCGACUCCGGGCCCACUACAAGCUGCCCGCCAACUGGGAUGUGGAGGCGAUGAUCGGUGACAGCGCCAGCAGGCUGCUGGCAAAGAACGAGGUCACGGACAGACAGCUCCUCGGCCUCUUCAAUACGAUCGUCCAGAAGACGGCGAGGCCAAAGUGGACGCGCGACAGAAAGGGCGGCGUCCCCCAGUCCUUCGAGGCGGUCAAGGCCGUCCAGGUACUGAAUGGAAAUAUCUGGAGAGACUACAUUCAGCGGCGUGACGAGAUUGCUGCGCAGUGCAGACGGCUCAAGGCGCGGCACGACCAGAGUCAUUGGGAGACGACCCUCGGCGGUACGAUCAUGAGCAUGGACUGCAUCCGGCCCCACCUGUCGGCGCUGGACUCGGACACGCCCCUGUCCGCAGAGGCGAACGAGGCCUGGCUGAUGCACGGCAGCUCCCACGAGGCCGCCGAGGGUAUCACCAGCGAGGACUUCGACAUGACCCGCGCCAACCCGUCUGGCCUCUUCGGCGCGGGGGUGUAUUUCGCCGAGUCGGUGAGCAAGUCGGACGAGUAUGUGCGCGGUGGGAUGAUAGGAGGCAGGGAGGUGUUUCCCCUGCUGCUUUGCCGCGUGUGCCUGGGCUACGUGUACUACUGCGACGAGCGCAGACCGGACAGGCGGCAGCUGGAGAGAAACUGUAUCGAGAAGGAGUGGCACAGCGUGCUCGGCGACCGUGUCAAGACGUCCGGCACGUUUCGAGAGUUCAUCAUCUACGACAGCCUCCAGGCGUUCCCAGCAUACAUCAUCUACUACGCGAGGAAGUACUAGGUGUGUGGCCCUGGCCGAGGGGGCGCCGCCGGCCAGGAGCGCGGGAGGCCGCGCGUGCCGCCGAGAGGCCUCCCGGCAAGGCCAAGGUCGGGACGGACGAAAGGGGGGGAUUGGGAAAGGGGGGGGUACGAAAUUUGCUGCAUGCAGCUGGUUUCGGCCCCACCGAGGGGCCCAUUCCUCGAUACAUAGCCGCCUCCGGCGCCGGGAGGCGCCGGGAAAAUCAGCUACGUGAGCUGAUUCUCAAACCCCCCCUUUGCUAUCCCCCCCUGUCGCCCGACCCGACAAGGGGGGGCGCCGGGGGCGCCGGCCGGACAGAGCCGCGGAAGCUGCGGCGGCCACAAGAAA